UCAUUUUAUUUAAUAACGCCAUCACCAACCAAUUUAUUUCAAAUCUGAAAAUUACAGAUAUUUCAUAAAUAAAAUCCCCCAAUACACCCCUCUCCCCCACCGGCACUUCAGUGUGUGUCAUAAUAUUUUUCUAAUGAUAUUUAGCGUGUAUAGAUAUAUAUAUGUUGAAAUUCACUUUCUAAUGUUAGUAUUGAUACCUCCCCCCGGCCCCACCCCCCUCUCCUCAGGGUAUAAGAGGAUGACCAGCAAAUUUGCUUUUUUCUAAUUCCAUCCAUUCCGUCAAGGAAAUUAAACCAGGAACCUUCAUAUCCGUCUCACCAAGGAAAUUAAACCAGGAACCUUAAUAUCCGUCCCAACAAGGAAACCGAGCCAAGAACUUUAAUAUCUGUCCCACUAAGGAAACUAAACAAGGAACCUUUAUAUGCAUCCCACUAUGGAGACGAAACCAGGAACCUUAAGAUCCGUCCCACCAAUGAAACCGAACAACAAAAUUUCGCAUCCGUCAUGAUGGACGAAUAAGAAUUUUUCCUAUUUAGUUAAGUAGCAAAAGGGCCCGGCUGCUAUGAUUUUGAAUGCUUUAGGGAUUUCAAUUUUACAAUCUUGAAUGCAAUUAUAGAUUUCGAUAUUUGAUUUUCUGUCAUCCCUACAGUUAGAUUCUGGUGAUCGGUCAUAUGCUCUAGUAUAAUAUUCACUGUACACUAUUAACUAACAAUUUUCUAAUCCCGAUAUCUUUUCAACCUGAUUAUGUAAACACUUGAUCUUUUAAACCCAGAUUAUUUGAUCUAUCAGAACGCAUAGUUUGAAAUAUCUAAGGUCUCCGACACUGGGUUGCAAAGAUAUAUGGAUUCUAAAAUCAGAGUUUGUGGCAAAAACUUAAUUCCUUUAAGCUCAUAAUAGAUCUCGGCAUCUCAUACCUCUUUUCUUUUCUCGUAAAAUAUAAAUAAAUGCAGCAAAUAUAUUAUCAAUAUUGCCGAUCACCAUGAUUUAUUGGAAAAGAGCAAGAAUAGGGAAAUCUUUAGUGAAACUCUAAAAGUGUAUACAUUAUAUAUAUACAUGUUCGUUGAGCACCUUGCUCAAUCAUCCCGUGCCAUACUGGGGCACUGCCACAACGUGAUGUUAUAUGUAUUGUAUAGUCAUGUUUUUGUCAUUAGUGAAUAUGUAUCAUGUAUGCUCGAAUUGUGAAUUUUUAAAUGAUCAUUAAAAAAUUUGCAAAAAUCCAAACCAUGCAUUUUGAAAUGUCUUUGAAUAAGUAAAAGUUUUCAAUAUUUUUCGUAGACUUUGAGCAAUGUGCAUAGACAAGGAAAGUUAUGAUUUAAAAAAAUGUUCUCUCCAACACGAUCAGCUGUUAUAGGUUUACUGUACAAAACAACAUAACAGCUGGAGCUGACCUGGCUGUGCUUGAGCUAGCUGUGCCGGUCAUUAUUAAAGAUACAAUAUGGCCGGCUUGUUUACCAUCCUUGGACGACUAUAUUCUUAUUAACAAGGGUGAUGUAAAAGUACUGAGUAUAUAUGGGUUCGGAGUAAAUGAUCCAGAUGUAAGAGAUCACCCAGAUAUUCUUCAAUACAGUCAGGUUCAACUUCAAGAUGAACAGGUUUGCAGAGUAGCCUGGGAAAUCAAAGGAAAUCAGUUCUGUGCAAUAGGAAACUCUUCUAAAUCAGAGAGCAGUCGUGUAUCAGAUUCAUGUAAUGGAGAUUCAGGAGGAGGACUAAUGUAUCAAAGAUAUGAUCAGAGUUUCAUUGUUGUUGGUCUGGUAAGUUUUGGAGAAAGUGAUUGCGGAUUAGCAAGAGGAAGGCCUGGAGUUUAUACAAACUUUAAAGAUCAUCUGACCUGGAUUCUGGAAAAUACUGUUAUUCAGCAACCUGAUAAUGGUGGAUGGACUGAAUGGGGUUCCUGGAGUACAUGCAGUACAUCUUGUGGAAGCGGUAACAAGGUUCGUGUGAGAAAAUGCCCAAUUGGACAAACUUGCCAAGGAACUGAUUCAAUUACAAAAACAUGUAUUCUCAAAAAUUGUCCAGUUUGGUCCAGCUGGUCCAGCUGGGGACCCUGCAGUUUACCUUGCCCAGGUUCCAGAACUAGAUCUAGAAUUUGUGAAACACCUAAUGCAUCCCUAGAAUUUAGUUUACGUUCUGGUGUAAAUACCUGUUCUGGAGAGGAUACUCAAAUCACCAAGUGUAGCUCUUCAAAGUGUACAACUCCAAGACCAACUCCGGCUGAUACACCUAGACCAACUUCAGCUCCUACUACUAGACCAACUCCACCUCCUACUAACAGAUUAACUCCACCUUCUACUACUAGAUCAACUCCACCUCCUACAAAGACGUCCUCAAGUAACCUGGUUCUGUCUAAAUCUAGACAAUGGACUUCAUGGUCAGAAUAUUCCAGCUGUUCUACCAGCUGUAGUGAAGGGGUCAAAAGGAGAUUUAGAGAGUGCGAUGGAACAAGGGGGAAAUGUUCUGGAAGUCCUACAGAAUAUGCAAACUGUGGAUAUGAAAAGUGUGGAGAGAGUUGACGAGGAAACAACUUGUGCUGGUCCGAACCUACCGAUUUGGUUGGCAGAUCAUUUUUCAGUUUAUUUAAAUCAAAGAAUUCUGACUUGUGGAGGACGGUCCUCCGAUGAUAAAUCUCUGUGCUGGAUUUGGAAUCUGGACGGAGACAACCGCUGGGAAAGAGGACCAGAAACGAAUGUUGGUCGAAGUUACUCCGAAGCUGUAGUUGUAAAUCAAAAAGUCUGGGUGUCAGGUGGGUGGAAUGGUAAACUCAAGCAGGAAUCAACUGAAGUAUUGGACUUGUCUUCAGGUCAUGAUAAAAGUUCCUGGAAAUAUUCUCAUGAUAUGUCUUGGGAAAGAUAUCAGCACUGUGCUAUUGUUCUGAAUAAUGGCCGCAUGGUGCUGACUGGGGGACAAGAUAGCGCCGGGAAAACAGGCGAGGCAUUAAACACAGUUGAGGUUUAUGAUAUGGAACGGGGUUUACAGGAAUUACUACCAAACCUUCUUCAAGCAAGGUGGACCCAUGCUUGUACUUUGCUAUCUGUAGAUGGAAGGGAGGCUCUUCUAGUUGCUGGCGGUCGCAUCUCAGGAGAUCCAGGCCAAGAGCUAGAUUCAGUAGAACUGCUUGUAAUCGGUGAGAAAACAUGGAAAUAUGUGGCUCCUUUACCUCAACCAAGAUUAGCUCCUCAAGCUGUGACUCUGGACAAUAGAAUACUGCUGAGCGGAGGAAGUUAUGAAUGUGGAGUUGGACGAAGGAAAGAUGAAUAUCCUGGUUCUAUUCUAGAGUUCGAUAUUAGAAAAGAUAGGUGGAAAACCGUUGUUUCAGUCGAGGGGAGGAAUCAUCAUGCUGCUUUAGUAGUUCCGAAACAAUCUUUAUCUUGUCCAUAAUAUCAAUGAUAAUAUUUAUAAGUCCUUUUAUAUACCAACAGGGUUACCCACAAAGAUGAGACUGCAAAGACGAUCUGAAACCCUAAAAAAUAUCACGAUCCCAAAAUUAAUUUAAGUCUUCUGCCUAUGAAUAAAGUCUUUAAAUGGCGUAUUUAAUGAUUUAGCAAAGAGAGAAACAAGUUUACAGUUGCAGGGAAUAUUGAAUAUAAGGACAUUUAUAAAUUACGUUCAAUCGUCUAUAAAGUCUAUUUCUUUGUGGGUAAGUCACUUUCAUAGUUCAUUACAUUUCGUGAAUCGCAUAUUACUGAAACCUAGCAUUCUGUGCUAGAAAUGUUGUACUCAGGGAGUAAGGAAUAGAAGGGAGAUAUAACUUACUCGGUUCGCCCUACCAUAUGAUUAUAC